AUGAAGAACGUUCUCUCUCUUGUCUCGUUUGGGUUUCUGGCCCUGACCUCCACAGUAGCGAGUGCUCCAACCGCAUCUGCCUCGGCUGGAUCAGCUACGCCAGCAAGAUACUGCGUCCAUCUCCAGAUACCAGUUCAUGUGGUGACCACAAACACGCACUACAACCAGCCUCGGGUUGACAGUAACCUUGACGCCAUUGAUUGGACAGUAAAGACCACCACGUGGGACUUCAACUGGACUGCACAGGCCAAUGGGACUAAGCACGUCGACGAAAUAUUCGGCAUCAAUGCACAGCUUUGUGUUCCAUCGCGAAAAACUAAGAAAUCAAGUAUUCUACAAAUUGCAACCGCAGGUCAAGGCUUUGAUAAGCGAUACUUUGACGUAGAGACCAACCCCUCAGAGUAUUCUUAUGUUGAUGCAGUUGUUGCUAAAGGGUACUCUAUUCUAACUUACGAUCGACUCGGAACCGGGGCAUCUGAUAAACCAGAUGCUUAUGAUGUUGUCCAGAUUCCCACAGAUGUUGAAAUAUUAGCUGGCUUAACAAAGAUGGCUCGCAGCGGGAAGAUUAUCAGCUCAGCUACGGUACUCAAUGGGAGCCUGGUUUCCGACUUUAUACCUACAAAGAUUGUCCACGUGGGCCAUGCGUAUGGAUCAUAUAUGGGCACAUUCAUGCUGGCAAAAUAUGGCGACCUUGUUGACGGCGCCCUCCUGACAGGUCUACUCUUUAAUGACCAACUAGAGGACAACGGGAUCACCGUCCUGACUUAUAACCACGCAUUCCCUAGAGAGGUUAAUCCCAUCCUCUUUGCCGAUUAUGGCUCSGGCUACUUCAUAUUAGAUUCGGAGGAGACUCUUCAGAAACUCUUUUUCCAAAAAGCUAGCCUAGAUCCGGCGUUACUAGCAUAUGCCGAGAGCAUAAAGCAGCCCGAAACCGUAGGCCAGUACGCCACGGAGAACGCGCUUGAAAUUCCAUCGACGGCGGCCAAUUAUACAGGACCGAUUCUGUUCUUCAAUGGCGAGUUCGACAACUACGUCUGCAACGGUGACUGUAACGGUGUCCAAUAUCAGAACCAGACCGAGUAUAUUUAUGGAAAUGCAACCGAUCAGUUUUCCUUUUAUCUGCAGCCGAAUACUGGUCAUGCCACAGGGCUUUCUAUGAAUGCUUCUGCCGGCUAUGAGGUCAUGCUACAAUUUCUAGACUCUCGAGGCCUGGAAUCUCCAUUAUUCGCUACAGGUCUAGCAUGUGUCCUCUUUCCUUCUGGAUCGACGGGGAGGCCCAAGGGAGUCAUGACCGAGCACCAGGCAAUUGUACGACUAGUUAAGAACUUCAACCUCGCCGAAUCCGCAGGAAAGCCUCUACCUCAUAUGGCUGGUCUAUCCUUUGAUAUGUCUACCUGGGAAGUCUUCAUGCCUCUCCUAAGUGGUGGAGUGGUGGUUUGGAUUGAUGUGAUGACGGUCCUAGACUAUAAAGCCCUUAGCGAUGUGUAUGCCCGCAACCACAUGCGAGCUGCCAUGUUCACCCCUGCGUUUUUUAAACAGCGCGAAGAUCGUCUGGAUCCAAAGGAUGUCUUUCAGGCAAAGGAACUAACGCGAGGAGUCACCUUGAACGGAUACGGACCCACUGAGAACACAGGUGCUAGUACUAUUUACACAAUUCCAGAUAAGGAUGCAUUCGUAAACGGCGUGCCUAUUGGGACAUUCAAGGUAGCUCUGAAGCAUAUGAUAUGCAUGAUUUACAAUGCCGUCCCCAGAGUUGUAGUUGGGGAGCUUAUUGUCGCUGAGAAUGGGAUACAGUCUGGGCAUAUUGGACCGGGGAUUAUGCUCGAUGGAGACCGAUUUGAUGGGCAAUUGGAGUACUUUGGCCGUCGAGACGACCAGGUCAAAAUCCGCGGCCAUCGGGUGGAAAUGGGUGAGAUUGAACACACCCUCCUCUCCCAUCGCGUAGUACGCAGCGCUGCAGUCGUCAUGAACGGUGUGAGAGCAGAGGCUGACCUAUCGGCUUUUAUGACAUUGCAUCCGUUUCAAGACGACGUGGCGGAGACGGAACGACCCAGCUCAGAUGUCGCAUCCGCGUCGCCAACCGAGGUGAAUCACCAGACCUCAAGGACCCAUUCCUUCAUCCUGCCUUCCUCUCACGAUGCGUAUCCUCUAGCAUGCGCCGCCAAGAACCUGAAUGUAACCAUGAUCGGCAAGAUUAUCUUCAUUGGCAAUUGCGGGGUCAGAGCUGCCCCGGCAAGCACCACGAAAGACAACGUCUCGUCUGUCGUUAAGAAUGGCGUCACAUAUACCGUCUUCGAGCAUGCCGCGACUGGCGCUAAGAUGGAGUUUGUCAAGAACUCUGGUAUCUGUGAAACCACCCCGGGGGUCAAUCAGUACUCGGGAUAUCUCUCCGUUGGCAAUAACAUGAACAUGUGGUUCUGGUUCUUCGAGGCGCGAAACAAUCCCCAAACAGCUCCUCUGGCUGCCUGGUUCAACGGUGGUCCUGGAUGUUCCUCCAUGAUCGGCCUUUUCCAAGAAAAUGGCCCCUGUCACUUCGUUAACGGAGCCAGCACUCCCUCACUGAACGAGUAUAGCUGGAAUAACUACGCCAAUAUGCUCUACGUUGAUCAGCCCAUCGGUGUUGGUUUCUCCUACGGCACGGACGACGCGACUAGCACGGUGACUGCGGCACCCUACGUCUGGAAGCUGCUGCAGGCGUUCUACGCACAGUUUCCAGAGUACGAAAGUCGUGACUUCGCCAUCUUCACCGAGUCAUAUGGUGGACACUAUGGCCCCGAGUUCGCCGCGUACAUCCAGGAACAAAAUUCCGGUAUCGCGGCGGGAUCUGUCUCAGGUGAAAAUAUCAACUUGAUUGCCCUUGGUGUUAACAACGGUUGGAUAGACUCCACAAUCCAAGAAAAGGCCUAUAUCGACUUCAGCUACAAUAAUUCUUACCAACAGCUCAUCGACGACUCUCAGCGCACAAGCCUCCUUAGCGACUACAACGACCAAUGUCUUCCUGCUAUUCAACAAUGCGCACAAACAGGAAGUAACUCCGACUGUCAAAAUGCGGAUAACGUUUGCUACAAUACCAUCGAGGGACCAAUUAGUAGCUCGGGUAACUGGGACGUCUAUGAUAUCCGGGAGCCGUCGAAUGACCCAUAUCCACCUUCGACAUACUCGACCUAUCUGUCCAACUCCCGCGUUGUGAAGGCUAUUGGUGCCCAGACCAGCUAUCAAGAAUGUCCAAACGGGCCGUACAACAAAUUUGCAUCCACUGGUGACAACCCUCGAUCAUUUCUCUCUACACUCUCCAGCGUGGUCCAGUCCGGCAUUCACGUGCUAGUCUGGGCUGGGGACGCGGACUGGAUCUGCAACUGGCUCGGCAACUAUCGGGUUGCCAAUGCAGUGGACUUUUCAGGACACGCAGAAUUUAGCGCAAAGGACCUGGCACCAUACACGGUCAAUGGUACUGAAAAGGGCAUGUUCAAGAAUGUGGACAAUUUUUCGUUCCUUAAGGUAUAUGGCGCGGGACAUGAGGUCCCCUACUACCAACCAGCGACAGCUCUACAGGUAUUUGAGCAGAUCCUUCAGAAUAAGUCAAUUGUCUCAACUUGA